AAUCUGAUGUCUUGGGACCAUAGAGAGCUAACUUCCCACCUUUUCUGCGAUGUCGUUGCUGCGGCAUCCGCAUCAUUAGCUGUGUCACCGCUUGUGGCUGUGGUAGAUAGCUCCAUUAUCCAAGUCGCUUCCUCAAGCCGCCGAAGACGUAUAUUACCGCUGCUAUGGAAGAGUUGCAAGCCAUUACUCUUGUCUCCUCAUAGGUAUAUUGUCUCAAGGGCUUCACGACUGCUUUUCAUGGUGUACUCUGGCACGUAUACAACUGCCAACAGCAUAGAUUCUCUCCAACACUGCUUCAAGGGCAGGCUCAGCUCCCCAGUUUCUCCCACGGCAGUCAAGCUUAUAGGUGUUUCGACUGUCAGUACCAGUUUGACGGUCUACAAAGACUCCUGCUUGACUCAGAUGUUUGGUGCCGCUGCUAAGCCGAAGCCUGUGCCGCCGAUAAGCUACAUCCUCUUCAUUCUCCGCGACGUCCUCACCAUCUAUGGCUGCUUUGUCUGCCCACCUAUUCUCGCCGCGCGUCUCGAAAGCCUUCCUGCCAGCUUUAAGCAUCAACUUCUGCUGAGCACACCUGAGGCCCGCUUACGAGUAUCCCAGUUUAUGCUACCGGUAAUGAUACAGGUCGUCAGUACGCCAAUACACCUGUCGGCCCUUGACUUGUACAACCGGCCACACCGAGGUUUGAGUGCCUCGGAUCGUUUGGCAAGGGUGGCAAGGGACCUUUCUGCGGCGAUUCCGACAAGAAUGCUGCGGAUAUUACCUGCCUUUGGCGUGGGAGGCGUGCUGAACACAGAAAUCAGAGAAGCGAUGAAGAGAAAAUUAGACCAUCUU